AUGCCACCAAAACGUAAAGCCAGUAUCCCACCCAAUGCAGCAUCUGCAAGAAACUACACCGAUGUAUCCGGCGAUGCACCCAACAAGCGCUCGCGCAUUGCUAAACCCCUUUCGAAAGCCUUCGCAGACAGCGCGCCACCGAUAGAUUCGAUAGCGAGAAAUACUGAGAAUGGAGCGCCUGGGGAGGCAGUAAAGAAAGAAGAAGAAGAAGAAGAAGAAGAAGAAGAAGAAGAAGAAGAAGAAGAAGAAGAAGAAGAAGAAGAAGGUGAAGGCGAAUUUGAUCAUUCGCGGCCAGAAGAGCGAGCAGGGAUAGUUGACAGACGAUACUACCCUGCUGAGAUGAGCAAUGAGCGAUGCGCCCUGUACAAUGCAAACGAGAUACCGCGGCCCAUCGAAAUACUGGCAAAGACGCUAGAGAGCACAAAAGAUAGGCGCAUGGCUAUCCGGGAAGCAAACAAGGCGCAAUUUGGCGAUGCCGUGGUUCACUGGUUCAAGAGGGAUUUGCGGAUACGGGAUAAUACAGGCUUAUCGCAGGCUGCCCAGUUGGCCAAAGCGAAGGGUGUGGGUGUAAUAGGUGUCUGGUUCAUGAGCCCACAAGACUGGGAAGCUCAUCUGGUCAGCCCACCCAAGUGUGAUUUCGAACUGCGUUCGGUCGAAUCACUGAAACAGGAGCUCGAAGAAUUCGACAUUCCGCUAUAUGUUGAGACAAUUGCGGAGAGGAAGAACGUGACAAAGCGACUGGUGGAGCUGGCUGAGAGCUGGAAUGCAAAGAACGUAUUUUGCAACCUGGAAUAUGAACCCGACGAGCUGCGGCGAGAAGAGCGUUUAGUACGUAAGAUGCUGGAGAAAGGUAUCAACUUCGACCCACAACACGAUGAUUGUGUUGUGCCGCCCGGAAGUCUCAAGACAGGAGGUGGGAAACAAUACGCCGUGUACAGCCCCUGGUAUCGGGCAUGGGUUGCGUAUCUACACGCGCACCCGCAUCUCUUGAAUGAGCGACCGAUACCUGAACGUAAUUCUCCAAAUUUCCGCCAAAAGUUCACCCAGCUCUUUGACUCGAAAGUCCCCGACCUCCCCGAUUGCAAGUCGUUGACACAAGAAGAAAAAGAACGCUUCCACCGCCUGUGGCCCGCAGGCGAGGCCGCCGCCAUUGACCGCCUCGAACGCUUUUUAAUCGAAAAGAUCGGCAAAUACAAGGAUACUCGUAACUUCCCCGCGAAGAACAGCACGGGACGCGUGAGCGUACAUCACGCCGCUGGCACGCUAGCAGCCCGAACCAGUGUACGUAUGGCAAGAGAUGUCAAUAGCGCGAAAAAGCUCGAUGGUGGGAAGGAUGGUGUCAAAGGUUGGAUUGGAGAAGUUGCAUGGCGUGAUUUUUAUCGACAUGUGCUUGUACACUGGCCAUACGUCUGUUUCCUCAGCAUGAACAAGCCCUUCAAGUUCGAAUACACGAACAUUGAAUGGGAAUACAAUGACGCCCACUUCCAGGCUUGGACUCAAGGCCGCACAGGCUACCCAAUCGUUGACGCAGCAAUGCGUUGCAUGAAUCACACCGGCUACAUGCACAACCGCCUUCGCAUGAUCGCAGCUUCCUUCCUUGCAAAGCACCUCCUGCUGGACUGGCGUCUUGGUGAACAAUACUUUCUCACACAUCUCAUUGAUGGCGACUUCUCGUCGAAUAACGGCGGCUGGGGCUUCAGUGCAUCGACUGGCGUAGAUCCCCAACCAUACUUUCGAAUCUUCAACCCAUGGACGCAGUCCGAGAGGUUUGACGAGGAGGGAGAGUUCAUCAAAUUGUGGGUUCCAGAACUUGAAGAGAUAGAGGGGCCGGCCAUACAUAACCCUUAUGGUGCGGGUGGGAAGGCGGCACAAGCCGCAAAGUCGAAAGGCUACCCUGAGCCAGUAGUUGAGCAUAAAUUUGCUAGAGAAAGGUGUCUGGCACGGUACAAGGCAGGCAUCGGAAGGGAGACUGCGUGA